GUCGGACUAUUUUUAAUGUAACACAAACAGUUGCACAUGUGUUUCCUAGUGGUUGUUUUGCUCAUUUCAAACAGUACUACUUCAAGCCUUCCACUAGACAGUCAGAAUGAAGCAAACUGAGGCACAAACAGACAGAGAGAGCCUCUAUCUGGAAGUGUCCAGUGUGAACGGAGUCGUGUCUCUCCCCCUGCACUCCUCUAUCGUCCUCUUCCUCCUCUCCUACACAGAGUGCUCUUCUUUCCACACCUACCUGGUCACAGAUCAAGCAGACAUCCUGCCGUCCCUGUCAGGGCUGGUGCCCGGGGGUCUCACUGUGUCUGGGGUGAAGAGGGACGAGCUGCCACGGCUGGUUAAGAUGUGUCGUCUCCCCGCUGCGCUGGAGCCUGAUGUUUGCUUUUGCAGGGCUGGCUUAGCUGUCGUACUGAGACACAUAAUUCAGAGUACAUGCCAGCUAAUGCCAAGCCGUAGGGAUGUGGCGUCCCUCUUGGGCUUCAAGAACACCUGUCUCAAGGCUUGUGCUGAGGUGAGUCAGUGGACUAGACUGUGUGAGUUGGACAUUCCCUCUGCAGUGGAGGAACACUUACGAAAUCCUGAAGACCAGAUGUGUAGACUUCCUGCUGCGAUCCUGAACUUAGAGAAGAGGUUAGGGGAACCCGUCAAGGUCCACAAUGACGACAAGAUUCGCAGACAGAAGCUACAGCAGCAGAAGAAGAGUGAUUCUCAACUAAAAGGCCCCAGCACAGAGAGCCUAGAUGGCCUGAAUGAAUCCCACCCUGGAGUUGAGCUCAGUGCUGCUCUGGGGAAGCUCUCUGCGGUCGCAGUUCCUUCUCCCUCCACCAGGGAGAGCUCUGACAUCAGGAAAGUCAAGAGCACAGACCUUCCCGAGCUGGAGCAUGUGUUUGCAGAAGGGCUGUAUUUCACCCUCACUGAUGUCGUCCUGCUCCCCUGCAUCCAUCAAUACCUGAUCUCCAUCCAAAAGCACACCCCCUCUACCCUGUCCCGUCUGCCCUUGCUGCUGAGAUGGUACCAGCGUGUGCAGGAGCUCCCCGGCGUACUGAGGGCCGCAAAGGAUUGUGGGAUGGCCCUCUUCAGUCCCAGCACGGUCGACCCUUGCCCUCCUCAGCCAGAGGCCCCACGAUCCAGUGGAGCACAGCAGGACGGCCCCAAACUUAAGCAAGAGCCAUUCAUCGGGGGCCCGAGGCCAACUCUCACCAAGCUGCAAGAAAAAGGGAUAGACGCUGUUUACACCGCUCACCCUUGCCCGUCAUGGACCGUUGAUUGGGAGAGCCUACCAAUGGCCGUCAACCCCACUGAAGGUAAGAUGUCAGACGCCCGCGCCGUGCGCAAACAACAACAACUCAACAACCUGCUUGCCAUGGUGACGGAUCUGGCCCACCCGGGGAACACAGUGGUGGAUUUCUGCAGCGGGGGUGGGCACGUUGGGAUUGUUUUGGCGUACACGCUUCCUAAAUGUCAGGUUAUUCUCAUUGAAAACAAAGAGGAGUCUCUGGUCAGGGCCAGAGACCGAAGUGCUCAGCUUGGAUUGACAAACAUUGGCUUCAUCCAGACAAACCUCGACUACUUCACCGGAAACUUCAACAUCGGGGUGGCCCUGCAUGCGUGCGGAGUGGCAACAGACAUGGUGUUGGAUCGCUGCCUCCAGGUGCGGGCGGGAUUCGUCAUUAGUCCAUGCUGCUACGGGUUCAUUCAAAACACACUCAAGUUCAACUUCCCCAAGAGCAUGAGGUUUGCGCAGACUUUGAGCUAUAAGGAGCAUAUGAUCCUGUGCAGGUUUGCAGACCAGACAGCUGUCAGUUUACCUCUGGAACGGCGAUUAAUCGGGAAGCGCUGUAUGGGACUAGUGGACUUGGACCGCAGUUGGGCCGCCGAGACUCAUGGGUAUUCUGUGAGAGUGAUGACUAUGGUCCCUGAGGGCUGCUCGCCUAAGAACAAUAUGCUUGUGGGCUUUCCUACAACAUAACACUGACUCACUGAGAAAUACCCACAUCAAGACAAACUUCGGGACUACAAAAAUGUAUUUUUUAUUCCAUGGGAUGUUUGAAUUUGGUCAAUUUAUAAGUGCAAACGGGGAGGGAUAGUUCCCUCAAAAAUAAUCGAAUCACCUUCAAGUCAUUCCAACCUCGUAUUACGUUUUACAUUCUUCUAUAAAACGAAAAAAGAUCAAUCUUUUACAUAACAUGAGAGAAAAUUGUGUGAAUACUGACAGAAAAGCACCACAAAGUCCAUUGGAUUAGUGUGCUAGUCUUCUGGAGACACACGAUAGCUUUGUAUAAGGUACAGAAUCUAAAUUAGGCUGUUUUUAUGGUGCUUUUUUUGUAGGCCAUCCCCAUUUCUCUUAUGCAGAACAGAAGCUUUGACAUUUUGUCUGACAUCUCGUUUUAUGGAACACAGAGGAAAAUAAUUCUGGUUUUGAUUGACUUUAAGAUUUUCAUUUUUGGAUGAACUAUUCCUUUAAUAUUUUUCCUUUGAUCUGCUACUUAUUUGCGCACACACUUGAAUAAUGGUUUGAACUAGUUGUGCAAUUAGUAUGAUUUUUAAGCUUAGCUUUUAAACUUGGCUUCAUCUAAACUAUUAGAGAUUUUAAUUUCAGUAAUGUCUUUCAGAUGAGUCCUGAUUUGCAUGCCUGAUGUUUGUGUAAAUAGAAACAAAAACCAGCAUCCCCAAUUUAUCAUAACUUUAAAAGUCGUUUGCAAAUCAGUCACAUUGAAUUGUGUAAAACCACCUCGCACUCCCUCCUCCACCAUUAAUGCACAAUACGCACAAAACAAAAGAGUCCAGCCUUUCCCAGUUAUUAACAAUGUAAAAUUAUUCAUUGUAAUUUGCACCUCUCCCUCGCACUCUCGAGCUUUUGUCUUAAAGUGUUUGAUUAAAAGUAUUGAAAGUAAACACGAGGAGGAAUUUAUCACGAUUCUCUUGUGACACGGGUCAGGAGAAUUGGAGGGGUUAAUAUUUAUGAAAUGGUGCGUGCAUGGAUUAAUCUGACCACAGUUAUGAAUAUUUGAUUAGGCCACGGCUCACACAAAUGUCAAAGCGCUGCAAUCGGUCUAGAGCUUUUGCUGAUAUAUGAACUAUUUCCCCGUUUUACUUUGCUGUGUUUGCACGACUGUCAUCAAACACGCCUCCGGAUCGCUCGCUACAGAAAAGCAGUGGACUGUCACGUUUGUGAUGUAGAGAUGAGAUAUGUUCCUCCGCCAAGAGGAAGUGCACAACCUUAAGCUUUGAGGAGCCAAGCUAGCGAAACUCAUCUGAAUUCUGCUAGCGGAGCCAAUCUUUCUGAGUGUGAAAGACUGGAGACGGGGGCACCUUCCAAAGACCUGGAAUCAUUUCAAUGGGAAAUGCUUCUUCUUUCCUCAAGGAUUGGCUCUGGUCCCUGAUUAAAUGUACAUGGAAAAACAAAUACAUAAUAGGAUAGGUUGAAAUUAAAAUGAGACUAUAUAAUUGCAUUACUGUAAUGUUGACAAAGAUAUUGAAAGAUUGUUUCAUUGUUUUUUCCUUCUACAGAACUACAGGUUUGAAGAAUACAAUAUAUGAUGCAAUAUGCCAAAAUAUGGCAGUGACACAUUAAUGCUAAAAAAAAAAUAUUCUGCAUAAAGUCAGUACUGAAGGCAGAAGUGUAGGUGCGAGUGUUUUGGUGUUUAUUAUUUUUUUUUUUUACUGAAAACAUGUUGAAAAUGCUCUGUAAAUCUUUUCAUCAACACAAUAUUUUGCUAAAUACACAGGAAAAAGUAUGGGGUGGAACCCUUAAAAGGACAUCUUUGGUGUGAUUUGCCGCGAUUGGUGGAAUUUUCUGUACUGCAUCAUGGGUAAUGAAGUUUUUUCAAAGUUUUUGAACUGUUAAACACGAUUCUUUUAAAAAGUAGUUAAAAUAAUGUGGACUGAUGACUUAUACAGUGCCAUCUAUUAACAGCCUCUGAAUCCACAGUAUCUUUCUUUAAAGGUUUAUAAGUUACUGUUAAAAAAUAUUUCUUCGUAUGAAGUAAAAUGAAUUGUGUUUUUA